UCAUGCAGCUGCUGGAAGGAGGAGUCAGACGAGGAUCAUAUAAAAGGGAAGAGAAGACUGUAAACAUUCAGAGCACAAACUGUACUACAGACUACAUCCAGAAAGAAAACAGGGAAUGACUGUGGACAUAGACCAAACUACCGAACUUCACGUAACUCGUGACGGGGCCACAAUGGAGACAGAGAAGAAGACUCAGACAACAGCAGAGCAGAUGACUGACAGGGAUCUGUCAGAACAAAUCAAAAAGGUGACAAUGGAGAGCCACGCCAGGGCAGAAAAAACAGAACUGAUGCUGAGCUUCCAGAGGGGACAAGUCACCCUAGCACAGUACAAGCUCCUCCUGUGCUCGCUGUAUGAAGUGUACCAGGUUUUGGAGGAAGAGAUGGACAGGAACUCCAACCAUCCUGGUGUCGCACCUAUAUACUUCCCAGCUGAACUGGCCAGACUGGAUGCUAUCGAGAAAGACUUGGAACACUUCUACGGCCAGGACUGGAGAGAGAAGAUUGUUGUCCCUGCAGCCACUAAAAGAUACUGCCACAGACUCAGACAAAUUGGUAAAGAAAACCCAGAAUUUUUGGUUGCCCAUGCCUACACUCGUUACCUAGGUGACCUGUCUGGAGGGCAGGUCCUGGGUCGAAUCGCCCAGAAGUCCAUGGGGCUGAAGGGCAGCGAGGGUCUGUCGUUCUUUGCCUUCCCUGGUGUGUCCAGCCCCAACCUGUUCAAACAGCUGUAUCGCAGCCGGAUGAACAGCGUGGAGCUGACGGAGGAGGAGAGGAACGGCGUUUUGGAGGAGGCUGUCAGAGCGUUUGAGUUAAACAUUCAGGUUUUUGAUGAUUUGCAGAAGAUGCUGCUGAGUUUCAGUGACAACAAGCUGCAGACUUGUUCAACACAGUCCAGACCAGUAAAGACUCUCCAGAUUCCCGGAGCCAUCAUCAACACUACCCCACUGCUCAGGAUGGUGCUGGGGCUUUUUGUGGCUCUGGCCACAGUCAGUGUAGGAAUUUAUGUUUUUUAGAGAAGAUGCACUACAAGAAAUACUAUGCAUCCGUCUGUUGGUAUUACUGUAAGAUCAUAAAGUAUUAUUUUUAAAUGACAAUACUGUAAAUAUUUUUGUAAUUUAAUUUUGUAAAUCAUUUGUCACAGAACCACAUUUACAAUGUUUUCAUGAAAGUUGAGUGCAAUGAUGUUUUUAUUCUGUCUAACGCUGUUAUUUGGUGUGCAAUACAUGUGCUGUUAAUACUGUAAAUAUGUUACCUUUUUAAUUCAAUCUUUUGUUAAAAGAAAGUACAUUCCCUCCAUAUGAUUGCACAAUUAAUAAACACAACUGCUGGUGAA